GCUUCUUCAAACAGUUCCAUUUAGCCACGAUGGACUAAAAGAAGGGAACUAUCAUUUGGUGGUUUUUGAGGUUCUACAACUUCUUUCGUCUUUCUUCCUUCGGAUCGUUCGUUACAUAUACAAUAUUUCCAUUCUAGAGCCUAUUUUGCCACUUGGAGGCGCGAUUCCAAAGAGGCCACGGUUGCUGAUUUUUACUAUAUUGUUAACUUUCCACUUAAUCUGAGUAACUACAAGUUCCAUACCAAUUACUUCGAUACCAAAUCGUUAUUAUUCGUUCCAUUACAUCUAUAGAGACCUACGAAGGCCUAGCAACUGUCGUAUCCCCCAACCGAACGCUCUAAAUCGCUUUGCGCCGAAGUACGAAUGGGUGUCGAAACCAGACGGUCCAAAUCUAAGAAAAGAGACGACUUGUCUGUCUCGACAAGUGGCCGCGUAAAUGGUCACUCAAACGGCAACAUGAACAAUAACAUGGAGUUACGACGUAAGAAUAUCGCACCACAAGACUCGGGCCAGGUAACGGCAAACCUGAUGGCCCGGGAGUCCUUCUCUUUAGACGAAAAUGUACCCAAAACUCCCGUCGCGAAUAACCAUGGCUUCUGGGAGCUUCCUAUACAAGAUCAAAAGAAUUUCAUGUUGCUAGUGUUGCUGUACUUUCUACAGGGUGUCCCUAUGGGUCUUGCAGCUGGUUCGGUACCGUUCCUCCUCAAAGAGCAUCUUUCGUUUGGCGAGAUCGGCAUCUUUAGCUUAGCAUCAUACCCAUAUUCAUUGAAAUUAUUCUGGAGUCCGAUAGUGGAUGCGGUAUGGAGUCCAAAAGUUGGAAGGCGGAAAAGUUGGAUUCUUCCAAUCCAACUAAUGUCUGGCUUCGGAAUGUUGUAUCUGGGGUCUAUGAUUGAGGAUUUAAUGGCUACGACUGGCAAACCGGGCGGUCCGAGUAUCUGGAACUUUACUGGCUGGUGGUUCUUCUUGGUCUUCAUGUGUGCUACGCAAGAUAUCGCCGUCGAUGGGUGGGCUUUGACUUUACUUACCCCAGGGAAUGUUUCUUACGCCUCGACGGCCCAGACAGUUGGCUUAACCGCUGGCCAAUUCCUGUCUUAUACCGUCUUCUUGGCCUUCAAUUCCGGUGAUUUCGCCAACCGAUACUUUCGCUCUGUACCGUCAGAAGAGGGUCUGAUGAGCCUUGGUGGGUACCUUACGUUCUGGGGUUGGGCUUAUAUCGCUAUCACUAUCGGGCUCGCACUAUUCAAGAAAGAGGAGAAGACGAGAAAUGAGGACGGUAUAUGGGAUGUUUAUAAGAUUAUGUGGGAGGUUUUGAAGCUACGGAAUAUCCAGACCAUCAUUAUCGUUCAUCUCAUCGCAAAAAUCGGAUUCCAGGCCAAUGACGGCGUCACAAAUCUGAAGUUAUUGGAAAAGGGGUUCGGCAAGGAAAAUAUGGCGCUGACAGUGCUCAUUGACUUCCCUUUCGAAAUAGGUCUGGGUUACUAUGCUGGGAAAUGGUCUCAGGAAUAUACCCCUAUGCGUCUAUGGUGUUGGGGAUUCGUGGGUCGUCUCAUCGCUGCCGUUUUUGCUCAAAUCACCGUUAGCAUUUUCCCGGCUGGUGGUGUUCAGUCUUGGUAUCUAUUAUUGGUUAUUGCGGAGCACGUAUUCUCAACUUUCACCUCAACUGUCAUGUUCGUUGCCGUCUCCGCAUUCCAUGCUCGGGUUGCCGAUCCCGUCAUUGGCGGGACUUACAUGACACUUCUUGCAACGGUUUCCAAUCUCGGUGGUACAUUCCCCAAGUACUUCGUUCUACGCCUAGUAGAUGCCUUUACACGGGCUACUUGUCAUCCCUCGGCGAAAGCGCUCGACAGCUCGACGUUAAAAGGACCACUCGUGACAGAGGCCUUCUCUUGCGCCGUGCAGGCCGAGAGGGAAAGAUGCGAGCACGGCGGUGGCAGUUGCGAGAUCCUUCAUGAUGGAUUCUACAUCGUCAAUAUUCUCUGCGUCAUCGUGGGCUUGUUGACAUUUACAAUGUACAUUAGGAAGAAGGUUCUAAUAUUGCAGGGCCUACCAUUAAGGGCGUGGAGGUUGGCUGGAUCUCGGUAGCAGCGAUUUCGACUACUGUAAUCUAGGUGUAUGAUAUAGAUCGGAAAUUAUAAAAAGCGCGCCUUGGUACCUAUUGAUGCUAAGGUAAACUCACCCUAGACGAAAUUGAAUGGUUUUAUUCAUAUAAUACCUUUGUCUGUAUCUCCAUUGUUUAUUAUUUCGAAUUCUGUUUACAGG